AUGGCCGUGAGCGCGGCGGCCCCCCCCGCCGCCGAGCCGCUGCCCCGCAGCAUCUUCAAGAAGUUCCUGGUGAUGCUCUGCUCCCUGCUCAUGUCCCUCUACGUCUUCUACUGCCUGGCCGACCGCUGCCAGACGCUGCCCGGGCCCAUCAUCGCCGCGGGCGCCGCCUCGGAGGAGGAGGAGGGCGGCGGCGGAGGGUUGCUGGGGGGCUCGGCCGAGCUGCCCCCCUGGCAGGCGGCGGCGGCGCGGCGCAAGCGGCUCCUGCAGCGGCUGAAGCAGCGGCGGCGAAGGCAGGAGGCGGCGCCGGGCGCGGAGGUGCCGGGCGGGGGCGGCGGCAGCCGGGCCGGCGGCUCGGGCGGCGGGGGAGGCACGGCCGGCACCCUGACCCUGCUGCUGGGCGAGGGCAGCAAGCGGCUGCCGCAGGCCAUCAUCAUCGGCGUCAAGAAAGGGGGGACGCGGGCGCUGCUGGAGUUCCUGCGGGUGCACCCCGACGUGCGCGCCGUGGGCGCAGAGCCCCACUUCUUCGACCGCAACUACGAGCGGGGACUCGCCUGGUACAGGGACCUGAUGCCCAGGACGCUGGAGGGGCAGAUCACCAUGGAGAAGACCCCCAGCUACUUCGUCACCAAGGAGGCCCCAGCCCGCAUCUCCUCCAUGUCCAAGGGCACGAAGCUCAUCGUGGUGGUGCGGGACCCCGUGACCAGAGCCAUCUCGGACUACACCCAGACGCUCUCCAAGAAGCCCGACAUCCCCACCUUUGAGAGCCUGACCUUCAAAAACAGGACUACGGGCCUGAUCGACACCUCGUGGAGCGCCAUCCAGAUUGGCAUCUACGCCAAGCACCUGGAGAACUGGCUCCUCUACUUCCCCAUCGGGCAGAUCCUCUUCGUCAGCGGGGAGAGGCUGAUCAGCGACCCCGCGGGGGAGCUGGGCAAGGUCCAGGACUUUCUGGGCCUCAAGAGGAUCAUCACCGACAAACACUUCUACUUCAACAAAACCAAGGGCUUCCCGUGCCUGAAGAAGGCGGAAGGCAGCAGCAAACCCCACUGCCUGGGCAAGACCAAAGGCAGGACCCACCCCGACAUCGACCAGGAGGUGGUGCAGAGGCUGCGGGACUUCUACCGGCCCUUCAACAUGAAGUUCUACCAGAUGACGGGGCAGGACUUUGGCUGGGACUGA